ACGACUAGAUAACUUCACCAUGCAUUUCCACAGUCAUAUUUUUACAUUCCCAUAAUACCCCUUUUCUCUCUGAAUGGAAUUGCAAAAGCGUCGGCAGUAUAUUUUGUAGUGUUCUGAGAAGGAAAAAGAAAACUCCAAAUAAGCUCCGAGAGGAGAGAAAAUAAAGCGGACCCCCUUCUUCUUCUUCUUCAUCGCCAUCAUCAUCAUUUUCUCUCAAAACCAGUUUAUUAUAUUUGUUUUUUUUAAACAAACCCCCGGUUAGUCUUUUUUCGAGGGAUAUAAAUCUUGUAUGUUUUCAAAUACCCCCUAGCAGUUGCCUCUCCUUUCUAAAAGCUCCUCUGGUCUUUUCCUUCAAUACCCACCUGAGAAUUCUCAGAAAGGUGAAUCCUUUUGAUUCGGUGGCUGUAAUGGCGACGCAAUUAGGAAGUGUGAAGAUGUGGGGGGUGGUCAAGAUGUUGUUCUGUUUCGUCUUGUUUUUGGCACCCAUGAUGACGGUGGCCGCGAGGACCUCUGUACUCGGCUCCGGCACCGGAAGCUCCAGUCAGAAGUUUGAUGUUCAGAUGCAGAUGAAGAAUUUGAACAGACCUGCUGUUAAGUCUAUUACGAGCCCUGAUGGAGAUAUAAUAGACUGCGUCCAUGUCUCGCACCAGCCAGCUUUUGACCACCCUGAACUCAAAAACCACAAAAUUCAGACAAGGCCAGAUUUCCACCCAGAAGGGCGUACUUUUGGAGAAAGCAAAGUCUCUUCAAAAGCCAAGCCUAUCACUCAGCUAUGGCAUCAGAAUGGAAGGUGCCCAGAAGGGACCAUUCCUAUCAGAAGAACCAGAAAAGAUGACAUUUUAAGAGCAAGCUCCGUCCAACAAUUUGGAAAGAAGAAGCAAAAGAGCUUCCCUCAGCCAAGAUCUGCAAAACCUCAGCCUGACAUCAUCACUCAGAGUGGUCACCAGCAUGCCAUAGUUUAUGUGGAGGGAGAUAAGUUUUAUGGAGCUAAGGCAACCAUAAACGUUUGGGAUCCCAAAAUUCAACAACCCAAUGAGUUUAGUCUGUCUCAAAUGUGGAUCCUUGGUGGCUCUUUUGGUCAAGAUCUUAACAGCAUUGAAGCUGGCUGGCAGGUCAGCCCUGAUUUAUAUGGGGAUAACAACACCAGACUCUUCACGUAUUGGACAAGUGAUGCAUAUCAAGCUACUGGUUGUUAUAAUCUUCUCUGCUCUGGUUUUAUUCAAAUUAACAAUCAAAUAGCCCUUGGAGCCAGCAUCUACCCACUUUCAAAUUAUGGAUCUUCCCAAUAUGAUAUAAGCAUCCUUGUCUGGAAGGAUCCUAAAGAGGGAAACUGGUGGAUGCAAUUUGGGAAUGAUCAUGUUCUUGGAUACUGGCCGGCCCCACUAUUCUCGUACCUCUCAGACAGUGCUUCGAUGAUCGAGUGGGGAGGAGAAGUAGUGAACUCAGAAUCUGAUGGUCAACAUACAUCAACACAAAUGGGAAGUGGGCAUUUCCCUGAGGAAGGAUUUGGCAAGGCAAGUUACUUCAAGAACAUUCAGGUUGUUGAUGGUAAUAACAAGCUCAGGGCUCCUAAAGACCUCGGGAUUUACACUGAGCAACCAAACUGCUACAAUGUCAAAAGUGGCAAUGCUGGAGAUUGGGGAACCUAUUUCUACUUUGGUGGUCCUGGCAAAAACCCUAAUUGCCCAUGAUCAGUCUGCAAAAGAAGAGGAAGAGGUAGAUGUUUUUAGUUUUUUUAUAGCUAGUAUCUUGUGUUAGCCACUAUCAAGUUCAGAUCCUUGACCCAAAAAAAAAAAAAAAAAACAGAUGCUAAUCUUUGUAUCUGUCAUUGGAUCUGUGCUUCUUAGGUUGGUCUGUUUUUGAGGUUUUGUUGUAUGAUAGUAUUUGAUUUCCCAAUAGGGUCUCCAAAUAAUUCAUUGGAGAAAAAAGGGGUGGUGUAUUCCUUGAAAUUUUCUUCAUAAUUUCUUCUCUCUGGUGUAUGCUGUUGAUAAAAAUAGUGUUUUUUUGGUUUUGUUCCUCUCUAUGGAGCUAUUUGAAUGCUGGAAUGUGAAUGUGAAGGAGGGAAUAUUCUAGUAUUGGACAGAUGAAUAUGUAUUUAUUAUUUUAGCA